AUGUCUACCAACUUUGAAAAACACUUUGAAGAAAACGUCGACAACUGUUCGCUGGAACAGUUGAGAGACAUUUUGAUCAACAAGUCCGGGACCACUAAGCUGGCAAACCGUUUCAGAGCUCUUUUCAACCUGAAAGGUGUUGCCGAGGAGUUUGAAUCGAAUCCCGAAGAUGCUCGCAAGGCCACUGAAUACAUCAACGAGUGUUUUGCAGACACGAGUGAACUGCUGAAACACGAAGUUGCAUACGUUUUGGGCCAAACCAAAAAUAUGGUGGGUGCCCCAUUGUUGAGAAUAGUUUUGGAAGACCAAAACCAGCAGUGCAUGGUGCGGCACGAGGCUGCGGAGGCCCUUGGAGCGCUAGGAGACGUGGACUCAUUGCCCAUCCUUGAAACCUACUUCAAAGAAGACCCAUUGCUGGAAAUAAGGCAAACUUGUGAAUUGGCCAUCGGUCGUAUCAAAUGGCAAACCAGCGAAUCUGGAAAGACCGAAACGCUCCAGGACUCGCUUUACUCGAGCAUCGAUCCCGCUCCUCCGCUCACCCUGGACAUCAACAUCAAAGUGGAUGAGCUAAAACAGAUUUUGAACGACCAAGAAAAGCCGUUGUUCGAGAGAUACAGAGCUAUGUUUAGACUCAGAGACAUUGGCAACGACGAGGCUUGUUUGGCCCUAGCCUCCGGGUUCGACGAUCCAUCCGCGCUUUUCAAGCACGAGAUUGCGUACGUUUUCGGCCAGGUCGGUAACGCUGUGGUGGUGCCCAAAUUGAUCGAGGUGCUAAACAGAGAAAACGAAGCACCAAUGGUUAGACACGAAGCCGCAGAAGCGCUAGGGUCAAUUGCCACCGAUGAUGUGCUUCCUAUCUUAAAGGGUCAUCUGGACGACAAAGAUGAUGUCGUCAGAGAAUCGGCAAUUGUAGCUCUCGACAUGUACGAGUACGAGAACAGCAACGAGCUGGAGUACGCUCCUUCUUGA